CUGAUGGGAAAGGAGAGAAAAACAAAGCAAUGCCAAUAGCUCCGUCAAUCCGCUGUUCCCAAACUCAGCCUAUUUUUAUUUUUAUUUUUUAUUUUUUAUUUUUAUAAUAAUUGCAACAUUCAAAAUUGACUUUCCCACCGUCCCGCUCCCUUCUCAUCUCCAUGGAAUUGGAGGCUCCUUCUUCUUCGCCUCAACAAUCCUCCAUUCCCGCCGUCGAUUCCAUUGCCAAUCCGAUGGUCCAAGAUCCUCCUCCUCUUAUAGCCACGACCACGGGUCCCACCGACAACGGUGAAGAGAAUAAGAAUACGAAAAAGAAGAAGAAGAAGAAGAAGAAAAAUAUUAUCUUGAUCACGAAGAACAACAAUAACAAGAAAAGGGUAUCUAAAGAUUAUGAUAACCAUUCCUCGUCUUCAUGUUCAUCCUCAUCAUCUUCGAGCACGCGCGUGGUUCUCAGACGCCGAAACCCUAGGCCUCUGUUUGGCGCCGCGUCGCCUCGUAAUCUCGGCAAGGUGGACGCCAUCGCUCUCCCUCUCGGAAUGUCGAUUGCAGCUGUUGUUGCUCUGGUUCUGGAAACGAAAGACACAGCAGGUGGAAGGAUGUCUAUCGAUCAUCUUUCAACGAUCUGCACUUCGGCUGUCAGAGAAUCUUUAGUCAAUGUCUUUGGUGUAAAUUUUGAUUGUUUUAUGAGGAACUUUGAGAAGUCAUUUGGGAGCACCUUGAGGACCCUUAGAUUGAUCAAUGAAUCACAUGUAAAAAGUGGGGGACAUCAUUUCAACAACCUUAAUGAAGAAGGCCCUACUCCAGCUGUGACUCUUGAUAAGGGAGGAUGUACAAACAACUCCAUUGUAGAAGAUUUUCAGUCAGAUGCAGCCUUGCAAAAUUUUGCAACUCAGGAUCUAUUAAAUACCAUUGAAGAGGUGAGAGAGAAUAUGCUAACUGGUUCCAUUACUCAGGAACUUGCCCUUCAUGGGCAAACAAAUCAAGUGGCUUGUGUCUUUCCGCGCAUAUCUGAUUCUGCAAUCAAGCAGUCCAUGCAUGGCAGUAUUCAGAAUUCUCUCAUAGAGCAAGCUCGUUCUAAUAACCUUAAAGUUUUGGAGCUUGGUCUUACUAUGAAAAGAUUGAAGUUGAAAGAGACACAGCUGGCUCUUAACUAUGAUUCGAAUCAUUUAGAGAGGUCAAAACUAGCCAUGGGAAUAUCAAAGGCAUCUUUUAAAGCUGAAAAAUUCCAGAGUCAGUUAGAAGAGACAAGACAUUCUGAGCUGCUUAGAAAGUGCAUAGACUGUCUUGUUGCUGGUUUGCUUAUCAUGUCAGCUUCCCUGUUAUAUGGCACUUAUGUGUUUUCAUACAAAAGGAUUACUGAAGCUACUGAAUCUUGUACACCUUCACCCAAGGAGUCCAAGUCUUGGUGGAUCCCAAGCCCAAUGGCAUCUUUCAAUUCAGGGCUGCAUGUCCUUCGGUGUCAGGUUCAAGUUGUGAGUCGAAUGCUGUUUGGUGUCUUCAUGAUUAUCGCAAUUGCUUUGUUGCUUCUCCAGCGCUCAUCAACUACAAAACAGAUAAUGCCUGUUACGGUCAUGCUCUUGCUGUUAGGAAUUGCCUGUGGUUUUGCAGGCAAGCUUUGUGUAGAUACUCUGGGAGGGAGUGGAUAUUAUUGGCUCCUAUAUUGGGAGAUUCUCUGUGUGCUGCACUUCUUCUCUAAUGUCUGUACAUCAACCUUGUUCCGUUUCCUUCAUGGUUCUGUAAAUUCAUCUCAAGGGACAAAAGGCAAUGCAAUAUUUCCCUACUGGAUCCGCCGAUUUCUGUUCUAUGCCAUCUUGCUCUUGUUUCUACCACUAUUCUGUGGUCUUGUGCCUUUUGCAAGUCUUGGUGAGUGGAAAGAUCACAUUUUGCUGCUGGUAACAGAUUAUCUAAUUACUGGUAAUGAACUAUAGUUUGGAGCAGCAAGAAGAGCUUUUACACAUUAUGUAUCAAUGUUACUUUUGGAUCUUUGAGCUGCAUAACUUAUUAGUCUCUACUCCCUACUAUAUCAAAAGCCGCCGACAAUUGCUGUAUUUUGGGUGAAAACUCUGCUGGAAUAGCUGGGUCAUUUAUUAAUGUAUCAGUUAUUAUAAUAUCCUUGUAACAUCAAGCUGUUGUAUUUUAGUUUUAGUCUGGCACAGUGACAUAGCUUGGUCUCCUUUUAUAAGGAGAACCAAAGUUUGAA